UUCGUCGUCGUAUCGCUGCUCCGGGAUCGCCACCAGACCCCAGUCGUCAAGCGCACGCUCAGCCCGACCUAUCCGCCCAAGGACGCGACCUUCGCCUUCCCUAUCUAUCUCUCGCUCGCCGAUCGCCUCGGUGUCGUUGAGUUCGUCGUAUGGGGAAAGGAUGUCCUUCUGCGCAAGGACUAUCUGGGCGAGGCCAACGUCCCUCUCGAGGACUGGUUCCGUGAUGGAAACGCGUUUGCCUUUGACGAUCCUGCCAACAAGCCGAUCACGGUUUCCAUUGUGUCGACGAGGUCCACUGCCCCAGCGUCGGGGUCGAUUCAGGUCAAGCUGGGCUUCGUGCCUUCGCCUGACCACCCACACGUAGUAGACUACAGCGAGAUAUUCUCAGAACUUGUCAAGCGGUCACGCCCGAGUCUCGUCUCCGCACCCCCUGUAUGUGCCUCUUUCGCUUGCACAAGUCAUACACUGAUGCACAGCAUCUUAGACAGAGGGCAUUGGCACGAUCCGCUCGCACCAAAUGGGCCCCGAAUAUCAAGAUGA